CUGGCGUCGUGUCGGGAUUGGAAUGUAACAGAGUAACAAUCGGAACAACUGAGCAAUAGGUGAUUCGGCUCGCGGAUCAAGGAACUCAGUUAAUUUUAUUUGUUAAGCAAAAAUCCUGUGAAACUCUCCUACUGGUUUCACGCUAUUUACUUAAAGAGAAACCUCCCUUUCCAGACCCGGUGUUCCGAUGAAAAGGAAAUCUACUUCUUGCGUGUGUGAAGGUCCACGGAGAGCACAGGAAAAAGAGAAAUGCAGGGAUUCGUGAGGUUACCUUCGUUCCGGUGAACUGCCCCGUUUUCCAUACACUUUAUAUUAUUGUUUUGGAGCGAAAUGGAGUUAUACUGCGAGCGGUCGGAUUUUGCCUAGUCUGGACGUCUGGUUUGUAAACCUCACAAAUUUAGGAGAGAAACCUCAGUCGUUGUGUUAUCAACCACUUUAAAGCUUUCAGUGGGACUUACAUCUAUUCUCCGAAGGCAAACUCUAUAUGAGUCAGUGCCGCAACUCUCCACGGCAAGUCGGAAGGGACGCGUUUUUCUAGCGCGUGUCCUGUAAACAAACGUUGCAGUUUUAUUAUUUCACCGGGAGCGAACUAAAUCGGUGUGUAAGCAUACCUGAAUGUGUUUACCUGACAGGCGUCUAACUUCACGGGUACUGUUACUGUAACAGCUACACUGUGACAUGUUGAAACUAGACAGACGAGGGAGAGCGAGAAAACCGAUGUAAAAUCGCCCACAUGCGCUGGAUCUAUCUCUUGCUGUUAGGUGAUCGGAAUCUGAAGAAGAAGAGAGAAGACGUGAGUUGUAAAUCCUCGCAGGCUGAAAGAUGGCGGAGCAGUACUAUAGCAGGAGGAGGUGGUGGUGAGAGACAAACUUCCAAGCGCUCGAGAUUUAUUUGCAAACACCGCGAUCUGGCCUUCAGGACACAUGCAGGCCAAAAAACGAUAUCUGAUCUCGCUCGUGACUGGCGCGUUUCUAGUUGUGAUCUUUUACUUUGGAGGUCCGGCGGUCACGGGGACCAGGAGCCGGCAUGGCCGGAGCCGCAAUGGAUAUAAUCGUCCCGACCAGCCGUGGCCACACUUCUCGGAUCCCUUACAACACUUUAGCCCGUGGGAUCAUUCCGACACGGAGGAAUAUAACGUUCACAUAUCGCCCAGGCAAAAAAGAGACGUGAACUCAGGCGUUUAUAAGGGCAAGAAGUGUCGCAUGCAGUCGUGUUUUGAUUUCUCCCUGUGUCAAAGAAACGGAUUCAAAGUGUACGUGUACCCCCAGCAGAAGGGAGAGAAAAUCUCAGAAAGUUAUCAGAACAUUUUAUCCACCAUCGAGGGCUCUCGGUUUUACACAUCAGACCCUGGCCAAGCGUGUCUGUUCGUCCUGAGCUUGGACACACUGGACCGAGACCAGUUAUCUCCACAAUAUGUGCACAAUCUCAAAACGAAGGUGCAGAGCUUGCCUCUGUGGAACAAUGGUAGGAAUCACCUCAUAUUUAAUUUGUAUUCAGGCACAUGGCCCGAUUACACGGAAGACUUGGGCUUUGACAUCGGUCAGGCCAUGCUGGCCAAAGCGAGCAUCGGCACAGAGAACUUCAGACCCAACUUUGACGUGUCCAUCCCACUGUUCUCCAAGGAGCAUCCAAGAACCGGUGGGGAGAGGGGGUACUUGAAAUAUAACACCAUUCCACCUUUUAGAAAAUAUAUGCUAGUGUUUAAGGGGAAGCGCUAUCUGACCGGCAUUGGUUCGGACACGAGGAAUGCCUUAUAUCAUGUUCAUAACGCGGAGGAUGUAGUUCUCCUCACAACCUGCAAACAUGGAAAGGACUGGCAAAAACACAAGGACGCGCGCUGUGACACGGACAACGCUGAGUAUGACAAAUAUGACUACCGUGAAAUGCUGCACAAUUCCACAUUCUGCCUGGUGCCACGAGGACGACGACUGGGCUCCUUUCGCUUCCUGGAGGCUCUGCAGGCUGCCUGUGUGCCGGUCAUGCUGAGUAACGGUUGGGAACUCCCCUUCUCCGAGGUCAUCGACUGGAACACAGCCGCUGUGAUCGGGGACGAGAGGCUCCUACUGCAGAUCCCGUCCACGGUGCGCUCCAUUCAUCAGGAUAAGAUUCUGGCUCUGCGACAGCAGACACAGUUCUUGUGGGAGGCCUACUUCUCCUCUGUGGAGAAGAUUGUGCUCACCACUCUAGAAAUCAUUCAGGACCGAGUGCUUCAGCAAACCUCCAGGAGCACUCUGAUGUGGAACAGUCACCCUGGUGGUCUUUUUACACUGCCCCAGUACUCAUCCUACCUGGGUGACUUCCCUUUCUACUAUGCCGAACUUGGAAUCAAGCCAAAUCCCAAGUUCACUGCUGUCAUCCAUGCCGUCACCCCCCUGGUAUCUCAGUCUCAACCCAUUCUCAAGCUCCUCGUCUCAGUGGCUAGGUCCCAGUACUGUGCUCAGAUUAUUGUAUUGUGGAAUUGUGACAAGCCUUUACCUGCCAAGCAUCGAUGGCCUGCCACCUCAGUGCCCAUAAUUGUAAUAGAAGGAGAGAACAAGGUCAUGAGCAGUAGGUUUCAGCCAUAUGACAGUAUCAUCACUGAUGCAGUGUUAAGUUUGGAUGAAGACACAGUGUUGUCAACCACUGAGGUGGACUUUGCCUUUACAGUGUGGCAGAGUUUCCCAGAGAGAAUUGUGGGAUAUCCAGCCCGCAGUCAUUUCUGGGACAAUAAUAAGGAGCGUUGGGGCUACACUUCCAAAUGGACCAAUGACUAUUCCAUGGUUCUCACCGGAGCUGCCAUUUACCACAGAUAUUACCACUUCCUGUACACCCACUUCCUGCCAAAUAGCCUGAAGAGCAUGGUGGACCAGCUGGCCAACUGUGAGGACAUCCUCAUCAACUUCCUGGUGUCCGCUGUCACCAAACUGCCACCCAUCAAGGUCACGCAGAAAAAGCAGUACAAGGAGACCAUGAUGGGCCAGUCAUCUCGAGCCUCACGCUGGGCAGACCCGGACCACUUUGCCCAGCGUCAGACCUGCAUGAACAAGUUUGCCAGCUGGUUUGGUGGCAUGCCUCUGGUCCACUCCCAAAUGAGACUGGACCCUGUUCUGUUCAAGGACCAGGUCUCCAUCCUCCGCAAGAAAUACAGAGAGAUAGAGCGCCUCUGACCAGACUGGAGCCCCUUGUUGGACAUUCAACAGGGGGCUGCGAGAGACUCUCUAGAGCAGAGGAGGACCACAGUGGUCAGAGAUCUGGCUCUAUAUUCCCUUGAGCACACAGCAAAGGACAAAGACACCAGAAUGUGACGGCCUGUGUGGACCUUUAAACAUACAUUACACACUUUUAACUACAAGACUCUAUGGGAUAUUUUUUGUUUUGUUUUUUGUUUCGGGUUUGGUAAUGAAUGCCACAGAUGACUGAUCUUUCCCAGCACACAAGCAUGUUGUUGGACAACAGGAGGGACACAUCAUCGUGUUAGCACUUCAUCUUCACCAUGACACAUCUGGAUCCAUUUAUUUUUCCUGAUCCGGCAUGUUCUCUAGUUCUAUGCUUUCCGGGAUCUUGAGGAGAUUGAACCGUUAUUUCAUAAAGUUAAACCCUAAUGUUGUUCCAAACCAGUAUUUCUUUCAUUGAACACAACAGGAAAUGUUAGGAAGAAAGUUAGCCUCAGUCACUAUUUGCUUUCAUUGUAUGGAAAAUAAUUAGGUUCACAUUCUGCCAAACUUCUCCUUUUGUGUUCAACAGAAGUCAGGUUUGAAACAACAUAAGGAUACAUAAAUGAUGACAGAAUGUCUGACUGUCCCUUUAAAUGAUUUCCAAGUUUUUGAGGUAUUAGGGUUUUUAGGUAAUCUUGUUUUGAUUUUCAAAGUCACAAAAGUUGUUUGGCUUCAUCAUAAUAUCAUUUGUUACCAACACAUGAAAAAGACUUCACUAAUGUGCAAAAACGGCCAUAACACUGCAUUCAAAACUGCUGCAAUCCCUUUUAUUAGUGGCAGAACCACAUUAAAAACCCUUCAGUAUUUUAUUUUUCUUAUUUUAAAUGGUGCCAAGAAUCAUUAGUUGCCUUUUAAAUGGCAUGUGAAACCAUCCCAACAUAGUUCAUGCACAUCCAUCCUACAAAAAAACACAAUUAAUUAGAAUUCCCUAAAUCCUUGAGUUAUUAAACAGCCAGGCCUGGGAAAAUGUUUGUCUUAGUCAAGCAAAAUUUAGCAGUAAAACAAAGGCAGUGCCUGCAGAGCUUACUUUGCAGGAACGCCAUCUGUUUAGGUGAGAAAACAGCCACUUCAGUAAGGUCUGAAUUUGUAAAGUAGCUUUUGACAUUCCAGCAUGACAGGGUGCAUCGUAAGGACUUAUGCUCCUAAUUUAAGUGAGUCGUCUCUUGCCUCCUUUAUCUCCCCCGUCCCUGUGAAGAAUGAGCUGUCCAUCAAAGUUCAAUGGCACUGCCUCAUUUCCCCCCACCCCCCCCCUUUUUGUUGGCUGGCCUCUUAUUUUAAACAUAUAAAGCUUACUCCACCACAAACCUACACUCAGCAAAUGUAUGUCCCUGUUUUACCUAGAAAGUGACGAGUGUAUGCUUCCUUUACAUUGAAAUGCACAUCUAUUCUCAUUGAUUUUUAUAUCAAGGAAAUGGCGCUCGAGACAUUGGGGCCCCUCCAGUGUUGUUCCCUGCAUUUUCCAGAGCAAAUGUGUUUUUAAAGAGUGGAGCGUUUUGUCAGUCUCUGCUCACAGGUACUUGAAUGUCUGAUGACUUGAAGGAGUGCCGUGCUUUAGUGGCCUUUUGUGAAGGUGACUGGACUUAAAAUGUUCCAGCUGUGAGCCAAAGCCUUUAUUUUUUUUCUAUUGCAUUUUCCUUCGCAUAAUGUAUCAGAAUACAAUUGAUGCUUUGACAUGUCAUUGUACACUACAAUGUUGUUGUUUUUUUUCUAUGUGGUCACGGUCAACCUGCGCUGAAAUCAAAACACAUAUCUGACAUUUAAUGUGGUUUAGAACCCAAGUUGCAGACUUCAAUUUAGUCGUAUAUUAUUUGACAAAUGUCUUAAAGGGAGAGUUCACCCAAAAAUAAAAAUUCUAUGAUCAUUUAGUCACCCUCAUGCUAUCUCAGAUGUGUAUGACUUACUUUCUUCUGCAGAACACAAACAAAGAUUUUUAGAAGAAUAGCUCAGCUUUGUUGGUCCUUACCAUGCAAGUGAAUGGUGACCAGACUUUUGAAGCUCCAAAAAUCACAAAGGCCCCAUAAAAGUAAUCCAUAUGACUCUGGUGGUUUAAUCCAUAUCUUCAGAAGUGAAAUGAUCGGCGUGGGUGAGAACAGAUCAAUAUUUAAGUCUUGAAUUAAAUCAAUUGUUUUACCAUAAAUCUCCACUUUCACUUUCAAAUGUGAAAGAAUAUAAAAGGGAAUGUGAAAGUGGAGAUUUAUAGUAAAAAAGGACUUAAAUAUUGAUCUGUUUCUCACCCACACUUAUAUCAUUUCAGAAGACAUGGAUUUAACCACUAGAGUCGUAUGGAUUAAUUUUAUGUGGCCUUUAAGUGCUUUUUGGAGCUUCAAAGUUCUGGUCACCAUUUAUUUGCAUUAUAUGGACCUUCAGAGCUGAGGCGUUCUUCUUAUAAUCGUUGUUUGUCAUACACAUCUGGGAUGGCAUGAGUGAAUAAAUGAUGAGAGAAUAUUCAUUUUUAAGUGAACUGACCCUUUAAGGCUAACAUUUUGCCUAACAUUUAUUUUAGUGUUCUAUGGAAGAAAGUCAGUCAUACAGGUUUGGAAAAACAUGAAGAUGAUAUAAAUAACAUUUUUGGGUGAACUCUUUAAUAUUUUAAUAAGCUAUUUGACAUCAUUAACUCAUGCUUCAAAUGUAUAAGAAAUGUUCUACAGUAAGGCUUACAAUAUUUCACAAGGUCACAACUGACAUCUAUUGCUAAAUUAACAGGAAAUCUGAGUGGUCUAAUUUAAAUGUAAGCAUUUGAAUCUUGACAAAAUUUAGUAGAUGUUUAUAUGUGAAUCUUGUUAGACAAGUAAACAUAAGAUCAAAUUUAAAAACACAAAUUCAAGUCCCUUAAAGCUACUACUAUAACAGUCAAAUAAAAUGUUCAUUUGUUAUAGACUAAACUACUUGAAUUUAAACAAUGUUUGUAUGGUUUUUCGUUAGUUUUAACAAGUGGCCCACCUCUGGCUAAGUUAAUUUAAUUACAAUUUUAUAUCAAGCAUAUAUCUAUGAUUGUUGUUAUAAUCUCAUAUCACAGAAUUUACUUCUGGCCUCGCACAAUUUUAUUGGCCAAAUCCUAGACUUCAAAACCGUGACCUGUCGCUGUACAUAAUUUAUAUUUAUGUCCAUACAAAUAAAUUCACACAAUUAUAUACAGAAUAGCGUGUCCGAACCUGAAGAUCAUUUUUAACUGCAUAUCUAAUUUUGAUUACCCAGUCACCAUGCCCUUGCAAACACUGUCAUCAGGGCAUGUGAUAUGUCCAACACUGUCUGGAUCUGCCUAUGGCCUUUGUCAAUGUGUAGUAUGUGUACAGACAACACAAACUGAUGGGUGUUUGCAUUGUAAAACGAUGCCAGUGUUAUUUUAUUUUUUUAUUACCCAGUGUGACUUGACAAAGCCAUUCAUUUUCAGUUGGCAUCUGUUGAAUGCUGCUGCUACCACUACACACUUGCAAGAUCACCAAAGAAUCUUGCCAAAUUUAAAGUCAUGCAACUGUACCAUUAUGUCUUUAAUAAAUGGAUUCUUUUAUGGUUUAUACUGGUUAUAUCUUCAUCCUGUAUCUGUUUGUCUUUCUCGUUUAGUAAGGUGCAACAAGAUCAGCCAGUCUCAAAGCUAACAUGUAAAAUUAUACAUACAUUCAAGCAGGCCAUCUAUGACUCAACACAUUUGUGUCUGUUUUAACUUCAAGCAACUUACAUGAUCUUCUGUGAUUAGCAAUAAGCAAUAUGGAACAAUGCUCAAACACUUCAUUGUUGGUUGGAAUACUUACUGAUGUGUCCCUGAUUGUGCCUUGAGUCAGUUGAUUUGUGAGUUUAUGACUCCGACUGACAGAAGGGGCAAAAUCUUUAGUAUAAUAAAAAUGUCAUCUGCCAGAUGCCAACUUUGCCGUACACUAAAGUUUCAUACCAUUCGUUAAACAUUCAACUCUAUUUCACGGAUUAGGCUGUUAACCAGACUUGCAUGACCACUUUAGACUAUUUAUGAGAAAAUACAGAUUUUUUUGUUCAGAGCUAUUUGUUUUGCUCCCUCCUGUCCUGACCCCUCCCUGUAAUUAACAGAUGACUUUUUAUAGAGGUAAUAAAGAAAUUGCGAAAUGCCAAUUUUGUAUGAAUGAUUUAUAAGAAAAUGAAUAAAGUCAUAUUUGAUGCUAUAAAGACGUGACUCAUGUUGCAUUUUUCCCAUGAAUAUAGUCAUAAAGAGGUGACAAGAGUGAUUAGGAAUAAUGUGGGCUGUAUUGAACUCUACUAUCCUACUAUUCAGCAAUAUUGAUUGUGCAUUUAUUGUAACAAGAGGCGGCAAUACACUGCUGUGCUUGUCAUUCUUUUGUGUACAUUUUUGAAUUCGUGAAGACCAACUAGGGGAAAAAGAUGGGAAGCU